UCUCACUUUCGCACUUCCGUUCCGCCUGAAAUCUGCGUUUGACAAGCGCUCUCUCGAAAACGUAUAAUACACCAACAAGCCACUUUCCCCUUCUAAAUUCUCAUAACACGAGCCACGAUGCCUAUCGACGUUAGGCUAAUCAAGGAGGCUUUCGCAAAGCACCCCAAACUGGACGUGAAAUACACCUAUGGUACCGCUGGGUUUCGCACAAAAGCAAAUGUCCUCGACUCAGUCAUCUUCACCGUUGGCCUUCUUGCCGUCCUGCGCUCCCAGAAGCACGACGGCAAAUAUAUCGGCGCCAUGAUCACCGCCUCUCACAAUCCCGCCGAAGACAACGGGGUGAAACUGGUCGAGCCGCGGGGCGAGAUGCUGGCGCAGUCGUGGGAGGGCUACGCGACUGAGUUGGCGAACGCGGCGACUGCCGAGGAACUUGCGCGCAUUUUGGAGGACGUUGUGGCGAAGGAGGGCAUUGAUACGAGCAAGAACGCCAAUGUCAUUGUUGGACGGGACACGAGACCAAGCGGAGAAGCACUGGUCGUUGCAUUGACAGACGGUGUGAAAGCCUUGGGAGGAAACAUCGAGGAUUAUGGCCUCAUGACGACGCCUCAACUGCAUUACCUGAACCGCUGCCUCAACACCCGGGGACAGCCUGACGCGUAUGGUGAACCAAGCGAGGAAGGCUAUUACAAGAAGCUCUCCGAUGCGUUUACGCGCAUUGUGAUUGGGAAGUCAAAUCAAUCGAUUCUGUAUAUCGAUGGGGCGAACGGUAUCGGCGCCCCCACUCUCCAAAAGCUCGCCAAGUACAUUCCGAAGGAGUCGCUUUCCCUUGAAGUCGUGAAUGACAACGUCGGAGAUCCCAAGAAAUUGAACUUGCAGGCUGGAGCCGACUACGUGAAAGUCGGACAGAAGAAGCCAGAAGGGUUCGAUUUGAAGCCCGGAAUGCGUUGCGCAUCCCUCGAUGGAGACGCGGAUCGUAUCGUCUUCUGGUACGCGGACAAAUCUGGAACCUUCAAAUUGCUUGACGGUGACAAGAUCGCGACUCUGGCCGCCGAAUUCAUCAUGAGACUCGUCAGGAGCGCCGAGAUUCCUGACAUCCGCGUUGGGGUGGUUCAGACGGCCUAUGCGAACGGAGCCUCUACUGCAUAUGUCAAGAAUACACUGAACAUCCCAGUGACCUUCACCCCCACCGGGGUGAAGCAUCUGCAUCACGCUGCGGAGGAAUUCGAUGUCGGCGUCUACUUCGAAGCUAACGGACACGGUACCGUCCUGUUCAGCGACAAGGCCAUCAAGGCCUUCCACUCUGCCAAAAUACCUACACCAGGAAUGGACCUGGCGCUCAAAGGGGCACCCGAAAAGAAAGCCAUCGAAACCCUGCGAGCACUCACGGACCUCAUCAACCAGACCGUUGGUGACGCAUUAUCCGACAUGUUGAUGGUCGAGGCGAUCUUGGUGUCGGAGAACCAAUCGUUUGAGGAGUGGGAUAAAGCGUACACGGAUCUGCCAAGUCGGUUGGAGAAGGUCAAGGUCUCCAACCGCCACGACUUUGUCGCCAUCAAAGCCGACACGGAGCUGUCGAAGCCGGAUGGGUUGCAGGCCAAAAUCAGCCAGCAGGUCGCCAAGUUCAAGCACGGACGUUCGUUUGUCAGGCCUUCAGGAACAGAAGACGUCGUCCGCAUCUACGCAGAAGCCGACACGCAAGAAAACGCCGACCUGCUCGCCAAUAUCAUCUGCGGGCUGGUGUAUGACUACCACGGCGGGGUUGGCGAGCGGCCUGCUGCAUUCAGGAAGGUCAAUGCGGAGGGAAAUUUGGUGUAGACCUUGACCAGCCUUCCUUUCUUUAUCUUGGCCGCAUUUGAUGCUUUAUUUUUGUUGGGAUAGAAUAGAAUGAUAUUUUUUGCACAGAGUUACUGCAUUCAUGAGAGCCAGCUCUUUGCAUUCAAACGCAGUACGCAGUAUCACACUCUGUCCUCUUUCCCCUCAAAACGAAAACUAUUUAACAUAGUCAAAUGAAAUAGGAUAUAGUGUCUAGCGAUCUAUACGCCCGCGGUAGCUAAUAGGAGUCCCGCUCAACGCCAAUGUCUCCGGAAUAUACACAUCAACCAACGUUUGGCUCUCUAUCGCCUGAAUUUCGCUUUUCCGAUUAUACAUCAGCACUCGGCUGAGUUCUCGCCUAGCACUCUCGUAUCAGCGAUCCGCAUCCCGAUUCAGACGGCCAGAUCACAAUCACUCACCUGAUAUCCG